CCAAGUUCAGAGCCUUCUCUGCAGUGAGAUGACUGAAUUCUCUCCUCCUGAACCUCACUCGCCUAGAAUGGUUCCAUUUGAUGGGCCACCAAGGAAGCAGUUCUGCUUUUGCCUUUUGCAGGCCGUGUUGAAGCAUCUAUGAAGUUUGAAAAUACUAUGGAGAACUCACUGAAGAAGAAUAAGAUGGCUGAAAACAAUUUAAAAAUACUAAAGGUCCAACAGUAUGUAGCCAGCAACCUACCUAAAAAUAGGCCACAUAUUUGCAAUAUUUGCCUCAAGCACUUUGAGACACCAUCAAAACUAGCAAGACAUUAUCUUAUUCAUACAGGUCAAAAACCAUUUGAAUGUGAAAUGUGUCAUAAAGCCUUUCGGCAGUUUGUUCACCUGGAGAGACAUCAGUUAACUCAUAAUCUGCCAUUUAAAUGUAGCACCUGUCAACGCUACUUUAAAAAUCUGAAGACAUUCAUCAAACACCAGCAACUGCACAACGAAACCAACCAGAAUGACGUUAGACAGAUCAGAAGAUUGUUGGAGGACAAACAAGAGAAACCAGCGUAUGGGAUGUAUCGUACUUCGACCACAGAGAAGAAACGGGCACGGCAGCCAAAAUCUAAGUCUGAUCCCACGUACAACUCUGCAAAGAAAGAAAAGAAUAUUCAUGCUUGUGCCAACUGUGGCAAGACAUUCCCAUCUCAGUCAAAACUGGACAGGCAUGCACUCAUUCACACUGGUCAAAGGCCUUUUAAAUGUGUUCUGUGUGGAAAAUCUUUCCGGCAAUCGACUCAUUUAAAAAUACACCAACUCACGCACUCAGAGGAGAGACCUUUUCGAUGUUGUUUUUGUCAAAAAGGAUUUAAGAUUCAAAGCAAACUUCUGAAGCAUCAACAAAUUUAUACUAGAAAUAUGACUACUUCUCAGUCUCUUGAAUUAAAAGGGAAGAGUGCAGAAUCAUGCCCCUCGCCCAAUAAAUUAAAUGCAAAGCAAGAUGGUUUUGGAAAUGGCGAUGUUGGUGAAUCUGAUAAUAGUCAGCUUGGUAUUCAUUCUAUUUAUGUUGUCCCUUUUCAGUGUCCAGUGUGUGAAGAAUGUUUUGAAUCACAACAGAUUUUCAAUGGACACAAGUGUUUUCUUGCCAAAAGUGGCAAAAUUCCAAGUAGACACAAAAGGAACUCUAAAGCCAUUGUUAAAAAAAUCUUGGCCAAGCUUAAGCAUGCUGGGGGUAAGAAAUUAGAUAGCUUUCGAUCUGAUAAAAAGGUGUUUAAAGAUAGGUUUUUGAAAAAUUAUGAUCUUGUUUCUGGUGAGCAGAGCCCUGAACAAACCCAGAGACUCUUUAUUGGUUCUCUUUUCAAUCAUGGAACAUAUAAGACAGAUGACAAUAAAAAGAAGAAAGCAUUGACUUUACCAUUAUCUUGGCAAAAGCAAUUCCAGAGCCAAAAUACAGGGAAAAACUUGAAAGGUAUCCUUACAGCAGAAAAGAUGUUGCCUUUGGAUAACCCAGUGAAUGAUAAAGAUUUGUCUCUCUUUGACCCAGCAGGCGAGGAAUUAGAUAACUACGAAGUACUUUCGUGUGGCCUUUCAGUUACAAACGAAGACAUGCAUACUGGGCAUAAGCUAUGUCCCUGUGACAAAUGUGAAAAAGUAUUUCCUUCCAUAUCCAAACUACAAAGACAUUAUUUAACUCACACUGGCCAGAGGCCUUUCAGUUGUAAUGUUUGUGGGAAGUCUUUUAGACAGUCAGCCCAUUUGAAAAGACAUGAGUUCACUCACAUUGAAAAGAUGCCUUCUAGAAGAUCUCUUUGCCAAGUAGAAUUUGAAAAUUUGGGCAAACAUUUUAUCCAUCCGCGUGAUGGUGCUAACUGUAAGGCUUCUUCUCCCCGACGUCCAAGUCUUCGUUUUAAGAAACACAAGGUCUCAGAGUCAGCUCAGGUGCCAGAAGGCAAAGUUAAGACAGAGGCAGAGGAUUUCGUUCUUGUUACCCACCGUAGUAUCAAACCACUCCGUAUCUCGAAGGAGCAUCUCAGUGCAGAGCCGAGCCCACAGGGUCAAGGCUGUCGUUCUUCGGAGUCCCUGGAGAGGAGCGAGGGCCUUCUUUAUCACUGCAGUGUUUGUGCGAAGAGUUUUAGAUCUCCAUCGAAACUGGAAAGACAUUAUCUAAUUCAUGCCGGCCAGAAGCCCUUCGAAUGCUCCGUUUGCGGCAAAACAUUCAGACAGGCGCCUCACUGGAAAAGACAUCAACUUACUCACUUUAAGGAACGACUAUAAGAUAAAAUGGUCGUCUCCAGUUCUGUUA